UCGUCGUCAUCUCACUAAUCACAACUCUGAACAGCAAGAUGUGGCCAUCACACAGCGCAAGCUGCAGUUAAUUUCUCGACACUGUAGCCUCCCCUCCCAAAUCUCCAGCGUUAUCUCUGAUGAAUCUCCUGUCCGCAGCGAAAUAUCCAUGUCCUACUCGGCUACUGCUCGUCAAGAAUCGAUCCCCAUCGACCGCGACAGCGAGAUCCCCCCGCCUCUGUACUCCGGCGACGCCUACAGCGAGUGCGACUCGAGAGCCGGUGCACGGGGGCAUCGGGCAACGGGCAGAGCGCGCGCCCGGCGCCCCAGAUUUUUGUGUGCCCCCGCGGGCGGUGCGGGCGCCCGCCGCAGCCAGUGCCCAGUGGUGGUGCCUGGUGGACUGGUGGUGGUGCCCUGCCCUGCUGUUGCCGUGCCGUGCCGUGUCACCCUGCACCCGCGGUUUGAACACAGGCGCGCGGCGGGGCCCGCGACCGCCCCCGCGCGUCACGCCUGGCGCCGGGAAGCCGCGGACGACGCGCACCGCGCGCCGCGGGUAGAAAUAAUCGGCGCCACCCCGAGAAUUCCCCCCGCCUGCCCCUGCCUCCUCCACCCUCGGCGGAAACAUCCCACUCCCCGAGCCGCCACCAGGCACCAUCCCCGCCGCUCCUCGUCUCCCCGCCGCCCGCUCUCCGAGUACGGAUUCAGCUCAAGGAUCUGGGGCCUCGGCGCGCGCCGGCCGACGGGAGAGAUUUUAUUUGAUCUGAGUGUACCAGAGGACAAGAAGACAUAUAAAAAAUUAAGCUGCAAAAAGUUCUCUGAAUUGACUUCAGAACUGGACAUGCUUGUCAUACCAGAAGCACCUGACAAUUUGGAGUUUUAG